AAAACAAAAUCUGAUCAGGGGUUUUGACUUCUUUCUUCCAUUUACAGUUAUCACUUUCACUCUGACAUCUUCAAAAUGCUCAAUUUCUACCGAACCCAAUUGGCCCGUCGGCCCUUGCUGACGCAGUGUAUCACCACUGCUAGUCUGUUCAUCGCAGGCGAUGGUCUAGCCCAGCACGUCUUUGAAAAAAAUGAAGAACCCCAUGAUUUUGCACGCACAGCGCGAAUGGGCGUUUACGGUGGCGCAAUCUUCGCCCCAAUCGCCUCAACCUGGUUCAAGUUCCUCUCGACAAACAUCAACCUCUCCACGUCGCUUCGGACCGGCGUUGCGCGCAUGGCCACCGACCAGAUCUUCUUCGCGCCAAUCGGUAUCUCCAUCUUCUUUGCCUCGACAUCAGCGAUGGAGGGUAAGGAUCCCGUGGAGAAGGUGAAGACGAGUCUGUUGCCGACGUACAAGAUGAAUUGUAUGUUGUGGCCGUUUGCGCAGUUGAUGAAUUUCACCGUCGUGCCGAUGCAGCAUCGCUUGUUGUUUGUUAAUGUGGUUAAUUUGGGAUGGAGUGGUGUUUUGAGUUCGAUGAGUGCGUGAGAUAGAUGGAUAGAUAGAUAUAGAUUCUUCAAUAGAUUGUUAUCCA